UCAAACCGUAAUGAGACUCCUUCCAAAGUCCAAACCCUACUCUUCCACCACCUCCCCCCCCCGGACUCUCACUCUCUCUCUAUGAUGAACAAGCUCCGGAAUUUGGUCUUUUCCCUUAAACUCUGUUCGAUCUCCACCGCAAUCCUUUUUCUCUUUCUCUCCGUUCUCGAUCUAACUCAACAAAUUGAGCACUUGGUGGCCACUGUGUUGAUCUAGAUCCAGGGCUUAUGGGCUUAUUCUUUUUGGGUAUUUCAAUUUGGCUCUUUCCAGUCGUUCCUCUUCCUCUCUCGUGCGAGGUCAUUCAACUCAGAUGCUUUCAAUUCAAUGGCGAGGUCAUUCGUGCGAGUUUCAUUCUGUCCGAGCGCAAUUUCGAUUCAACUCGGAUGCUUUCUCUUCUCUGCUGACGGAGAGUUUGCGUCUUGGGUGGGUUUGCUUUGAAGAGAAAAAUUGCAGGACAGUGAUUGGAAGAAGAAUUCAGUGUUCAGCACAAGCACUGAAAAAAUGGACAGAUUAUGGAAUUCAGUAAGUGGACAGAUUAUGGAAAUUGCAUUACUUGGUUAAAAUCACAAUUUCCUGUUUCUACAGACAUUGGACAUUGUUGCAGAGAACCCGAAAAAAUUCAGAGUUGUGGCCCUAGUAGCUGGCUCAAAUGUGACUCUUCUUGUUGAUCAGGUGAAAAGGUUCAAACCCAAAUUAGUUGCAGUUAGAAAUGAAUCAUUAGUUAAUGAACUUAAAGAGGCUCUAUCUGGUCUAGAAGACAAGCAUGAGAUCACUCCUAGGGAGCAAGGAGUCAUUGAGGUUUGGGUGAAUUCCAACUAUGAAAAGUUUUGAAUAGCACAAGUGUGAUGUCAUGUGAUGGAUUCCAAGAUGCCAUUGGCUGUUACAAUGCUGCUAUUCAGAGGCUUAUGUUUAAGCACAAGUUGUACCAGCUAAGGGAAGAGAGGGAUAUGAAGCCUGAGACUUUUGCUAGACUCGUCUCAGCUAUUAUCUAUUAUCUACGAGAAAAGGCUAAGGCCAUGGCUGGUGAUACUGUUGUAAGGUCAUUGCUAGAAAAGAUGGCUGAAUGUGCUAGCAAUACGUACCUGGGUAUAUUAGUGAGGUGGGUCUAUGAAGGAGUCAUUGAUGUCCCUUAUGGUGAAUUUUUCAUUGCUGAGAACAAAUCUCUUCAAAAGGAAAGCCUCAAGAUUAUGAAGCCAAGUAUUGGAGGCAACGUUACAGCCUUAAGGAUGGAAGUCCUAGCUUUCUUCCAAAUAUUGUUGGGACAAUUUUAAUCACUGGAAAAUAUCUAAAUGUCAUGAGAGAAUGCGGGCACCAUGUUCAGGUUCCACUAUGGUUUAUCCUGUACAUUUGCACAAUAUUAUCUUCUUCUCCUUGUUUUUUUUUUUGGUACAAUCCUUCACCUCCCUUGUGGUGUCGUUAGUAUCUAUCAGUGACUGGAUUGUAUGAAUAGGUCCCUGUAUCUAAAAAUUCGAAAUUGAUGAGCUUUGGCUCAAAUCAUCGUUAUAUUAAGUGUAUAAAAUCUGCUUAUGACUUUGCCAGCAGCGAGCUUUUAAAUCUUAUGAAAGAAAAAGUGAGGCUCAGUCUUCUUGAUCAGGUAUACUGCUGAAUGACCAGUGAACUUGGAAGUAGAUUAAUGGGCAUGCAAUAUGUUUUAGUAUGAAUAUUUAUGCUUCAUCUGCCAUUGAGAUUGGAAUGCUUCAGUCAUCUAUAUUAGGUUAGGUGCUAGGUCAGUGUCUACUUAAUAUUCCAUGGGAAUAAGCGAGCAUGUGUAUGUUUCUGUCACUAUAAAUCGUGGGUGGACAUUUUGAACACUUAGGUAUUAGCUCCGUCAAGCACUAGCAUGCUUGGCUUUCAGGUCUAGAUCUCAGAGGCAGUACCUGGUUAUUAUACAAGGUUUUGUGAUGUUUAACCUAUUCUACCAUGUGGUUAUUAAGUGGAAUGUUUUCCCUCAUGUUAUUCAUACAAUAAAAAUGUUAUUCAAAUCAAUUAGAUAUCCCAAAGGCACGCUUCUACUGGAUUGGAUUAGUAGCUUUGAUUGCAUUUAUUCUUCUGUUGAAUUUCCUUUUCACCUUGGCACUUCUGUUGUUUUCCAUGUUUGUAUUACAAUAUACUCUCUUUUGCAGGCUUCUCUGGUGCAAAGUUGGAAGAUCUUCAAGAAUUUUUAGACAAUAUGAAAACAAUGUGAACCAUCCAUAUGAUUUCCUCAGUCUUGCAGCGCACCUAAUUCGCAACUUUUUGUGGUAGAUGAAGUGACUGUAGCAAUUGUGAACAGAACUGCAAUAUAAAUUGCUAGGCUAGACUUGUAGUAGGUUAAUUGGCGUUUUAUUUUGCCUAUUUUGUGUACUGUCAAGGAUAAUGAUUUUGGACAGAAUACUCCUAUAUUCAAAUUACUUUUGUCAAAUAUGGAUUGCA